GUGUUGUUGUUGGGCUGCAAGUUGUAGUUUGUUUGUGGUGUGCUUCAGCUUCAUAGCUACACAGCGCACCGAGAGGAGUCAACACGCAGUCUUUUUCUUCUGCAGACUAUAUCAUCAGCGUUUAUUAUUAUCAUCUUCGCUUUUUAGUUCGGUACAAGGCACUGAAGGCCAUUUCCCGACUCCUAAUUUGGAGAGCGAGGCUAACCGCUGCACGCAGAGCCAGAGGAGCAGACGACAACUCUGAGCGAUAAACAGUGGAACAGAAUCGCAAAUAAUAUAGCACCGAUAGAUCUACCACUGACGUCAGAUCGAUGCUCGUCUUCUUACAACUUUGAGCACAGCUGCCGUUACAGACUGUACGCGCAUGCAUGAAGAAACCGCAGUAGCGGACGUGGCAUUCUGACCUGUUGACUUGAGGACAUCUCUGAGGCCUACACGCUGGAGCCACAUCUUGGCGCAUUUGUUUCACUGAGCGCCCCUGAUGUCCACCAGCACGUCACUUCCCGUGCACACCCGUGCAGAAUCAUCUGCACCCUGAACGGCUUCUCGCUACGGAGCCGAGCCACAGAGUUGCGAUUUCUCCCCGGUAGACCACGACAAGCACAGUUGCGGGCGUACGGCCUUCUGGAACAGUUUGUGUUUAGGAACUAAUCUGUAAAGUGGGUUAAUUGAAAAAAAAAAAAAAGGCAGCAGUAGUUUUUCAAGAUCUCUGGUCGUCCCCUGACGUGAUUCGAAGCGAUGAGGGAGUUUGGCACGCGUGCCUCCUGAAGACAGGUGUAAAGAAAACUGUACUGGUCACAUCCGGUCCCUUACCGCUUUCUUUGAGUUCAUCAUCGCGCUGACACAUUCAUCUGCCUACAGCUGCUUACCAACACACACACAAAGUCCUUGAAUGGAUCGCCGACGUGCCAACACGAUGAGUUCCGUGGAAUCCACCUCGCCGCCCACAAACUACAACUUCCUCUUCGACUGCAUCAUCAACAGCUCCACCAGCGACAAGAGCGACACCAACAACGUCUUCCACACCGACGAGGUGGACGACGAGGCGGUGGACAACUUUUUGCUGCGCGGCCGCCCUCGGAGUCGCUCGUUGUACAGCAGCCCACGGCCGCUGGUGUACAUCACGCGGCGGGUGCCGCAGCACGGUCUGGACGUGCUGCUGCCGCACUGCAACAUCAGCCAGUGGGACAGCGAGGAGAGCGUGCCGCGUGGAGAGCUGCUUCAGAGCGUGCAGGGCGUCCACGGCAUCCUCUGCAUGCCCAGUGACGUCAUCGACGCCGAAGUGCUUGACCAGGCCGGUUCAACCCUGCGUGCAGUAGCAACACUGUCUGCGACCACAGACCACAUAGACAAGGAAGAGUGUGCACGCAGAAACAUCAAGGUGUUGUCAUGUCCUCCUCCUGACCUCAGUGCCCAGGCAGACCUGACAGUGGCUCUCAUCUUGCUUACCCUAAGAAAUGCUGCUGAGGGUUUACACAUUGACAAUCUGACCCAUGAUACUACAUGUGACCUGUUCAGUCUGACCCAAGGUAAACCUGUUGAUGUCACUUCAGCCUGGUGGAGCAACCUUAUUCAGUUCAAGACCUUUGGGGUGUACGGUUUUACAUCUCUUGGAAUAUCAGUGGCGAAGAGGUUACGUCAGCUGGGUGCCAAUGAUGUCAUCAUUGCUGAUCACUGUGCAGAUAGUGCUGGCACAGCCACUUCAACUGAAGAGGAAAACAACAGAGUCAGAGAAGGGAGGAGAGGAGAGUGGCAGGUUGUCACACUUGACCAGUUCCUUGCCCGAUCAGAUGUCAUCUGUGUGUGCGAUGCACAUGCUACAGCACAGUCUGAGGCUGUGUUUGAUGAAGAUGCCUUCCAGAAGAUGAAGACAGGUGCAAUUGUGGUGAACUCUGAUGGGGGCCAUGCACUGAACUAUAUGGCCUUAUACCAGGCCCUGAGGGAUGGCCGGAUUUGUGCCGCUGGGCUUAACACCUGUAACCAGAUGUCAGUGCCAUUCAAGUAUCCCUUGCAGGGUCUUAGAAAUUGUGUCUUCAUGCCUCAGACACAGGAGAGUGGCUAUGAUCUUCGUCACAAGCUUUCAGUCAUGAUGGCAACCAAUCUCCUGAAGGUCUUGAAAGAAACAGAGUAGUAGAUUGAGUAUACAGUGCUCAGAUUUUUGCUGUGUUGAUCUAUUUUUAACACAUGAAGUCUCAGUCUGUAUGUUGAUCACAAUAAUAUCUUGUGGUUUGUCACACACCAUUUGAGACUGAAAUAGUCAAAGAUAGACUGGACUAUAGAUAGGAGCUGUAUUUUUGUAGUUCUGCUUCAAGUUUAAGGUGAUGAUGUCCAAAUAAAAAUUUGCUUUCUCAUUUUGUUGGUGUUAUUGGGAUUAAAUUGUCCAUGAAAAAAAAAUUUUCAAAAAUGGGGCCAGUAGGGCAAUCAUGACUGAAGUAAUUUUCUACUUAAUCUCCUUUUCCUGGUAAUUUCAUGAAGCAUCUGUAAUCAAAUAAUUUAUCAUUGUUUAAUCAUGAGCUUGAGAUUGCAUAGUUCUUUACAUUCAUGUUUGUAUGACAUCUGAAGAUAACUUUGAUAAAUAGUCCAGAAGAUGACUUCAAGAGUCAGUGUACAUUUUGACUUGGUUUUCACAUGACGCAGUUCUGAAAAAAAAUCAUUUUAAAUAGUUUUUUGUGCAUAUUUCUCAAAAAGAUAUUAAAUGUUUAUGUAUAUUGGUAAUAACAUGUAUAGGAUUGAUGACAGUAAUUUGAUGAAAGAGAAACUUUUUUUCUUCAAAACAAAACCUGGAACAUUAAGAAAGAGAAUUUGUUUGUAUGUGUGUGAAAGAGAGCAUGUGUAUGCAUACACUACUGUAAGCUCAUGUUCGCAUGUACACAGGUAUGUGAUUUGUAACAGGAGUCACUACACAGGGCUAUUAUAUGGAAACAGUUGGGCAUGAUAAAUAGUAUUACGUGUGACUAACCCUGACUUGCAUUUGAAAUAGAUGCAAUAUUUUUAGCAAUAUUCAAUGAUAUGAUGAGGAGGUGGUGGCUUGUUUAAUUUAAAAUGCUGGCUUUGUGGUGCACACAGGUUUAAAAGUCUGUCCAAGGAGGAAAAAAAAAAGGGUAUAUGUGAUAGGCAUAUGCCAAACUGAUUUCUGGAUUGUUGUAUCACAGAAACAAGUGAAAUGCAAAUAGAGAAGUAGAUAAAACAUAGUCCAAAAGCUAUUUUUUUGCCUUUAGUAAAUAUAAAGUCAGUAAAAGAUAUGUUAGCUAUAUGUUAUAUUGUUAUCAUUGGACAGUUUAUAAUGAAGUAUUUUAAUCCUUUGAUAUCAUUAGUUGAAUUAUAAUUUAAAUGAUAAAAAAAUUCUGAUUAUGUAAAAUGGUAGGUCGUGAAGAUUGAAUGCCAGUAAUUGUUAAAUUUUAUGGCUGGCUCUUUGAUGACCUCAUUUCCUUCUAGCAACAUGUUAAUAUUUUAUUUUGCAUUUCAAAAAGAAUUUUUGUUUUAGGACAGAGAAGGUUUACUUAGCCUUUGAGUAAAUUGUACUUUUGUGGCUAUGGAUAUAAUACCGACUGUAGUCAGUAUAAGUUAUUGGAAUUGGAAAAAUUGAUAGUGUUUUCUUAAAACUGAAAUUCUAUGCUGUAUUAAAUUGAAAAGAAUAAUUAGUUAUGGUGAAAAUAAAUGGGUAAGUAGAUCUUGAUGGCUCAAAGGAUGAAAGGGUAAGCUCAACAAAUUACCGAAUAUGAUGUACAUGUACAUCUGUGCAAACUCUCUUAAUGGACUUUGACACUCAGUUCUCUUAGCUUUUCCAUUCAGUAUCAUUAAGGAGAGCUGAAAGCAUGUGAAUGUGUGCCUAAAUAGUGUCUAAAUGGCAAAAAUACAACCAUUGACAAGUUACGUAAGUAUUUUCUGAGCAAUUUAUUUUUAAAGAAACCAUGGUGGGAGAAAAUAUUACAUAUAUAAAAUGAAUUGAAAUGUUGAUUAAAAUAUAAAUUUACUAAAACAAUGAUUCCAUUCUCUCUGUAUAUCAUGACAGGACAUACUGGAAAGACUCGAAAUAUCCCAGCAUGCAUUAAAAUCUGAACAAGAAAGUCAUGAGUUUUCCCCAGCUUUUAUGGAUCAGAUAAAACCCUUUUCACAACACGAUAUAUUUAUGUAAUUAUAAGCAAGUUUGUCCUAUACUCAACAGUCCGAGGGUGCAGUCUAACCCAAUCUUGUAUUGAUGGGCUUCAUGAAGAUAGAUGAAAAUACUUUAAUAUGACAUGUCACUGGCCUUAUCUGCAUGUGUGUGUUGUGUGUGCAUGUGCUUGUGUUGGCAUAUUGACAUACAUGUAUGGGUGUGUACAUUUUGAGCAACUGUACAGAUGUAUUUUUAAAUACCUGGAGGCUUUCAUGUAUUUUUCAUAGCCUAAGUUUUAUUGUUGUUGCCCUCUCCAGCCUUUGUGCCAUCCAUUCAAACUUUCUGUUUUCUUUUUGCGCAAUAUUCAUUGUUUGUCAUUUUGUUCCCAAGGUACAGUAUUGGGCCUACCUUGGAACCACUGACAUGUGUCUGAAGUUUUCUUUGCUACUUUAUUCUAUUCACCUAUGUUUUUUGGUUUUGGCCCUUAUCCACAUUGUCCCUCUGAAUAAAUCUAUUUUUCUCCCUUCAUUAUGUGCAGAAAUACACAAUUGAAAUUACAUACUUCAGCAUUAAAUUCAAUUUUUAAGGUCAGCUCUAGCAAAUGACUGUCAAAAUGGUGGACAGCAGAUGCAAAGGUACAUUAUUUGUCUUUUUUUAAAAAAAAAAAUCUUGCUAAAUGUUCUUACCCCUAAAAAAAGAAGCAGAAUAAAGAGUUAGGAAGGGGUCUGACUUUGGAUUUGGGAACUUAAACAAAGCAACGGCAGCUAAUGAAAAAGAUUUUACAAUCGUUAUUUGGGUGCUGUUGACUUAGUGCCCAGUAUAAGACCUCUAUUUUUAUCUCACUCUUGCAAUGGCUACAGUAGUAUUUGUAGCACUAUUUGAGAAAUAUUGGUGUUGAUAUAUUUAAUAUUCAUAGUUUGUUUUCAGGAGGAUUCUGCACUUUAAAAAUUAUUGCUAAAUUCAGUGGGUUCAGAAAGGCAAGAAUGGACUCAAUGGUUUUGAGAAAUGUAGUAAAGAGAUGCAAAGUAUAGGCUAAAAGGGAUGGGUAGAUCUGAUGCAUCGGCAUUGAGUGUUUUAUAGAAAGCUUUCAAUUACUUACUGUCAGAGAGCUUGGAGCACCACUUACUCUUUCAUAUCAUUGCUUUUAUUGUCCUAUUUUAUUGUGCAGUAUUACUUAGUCAUUUUUGUUUCUUUCUAAACACUGGGCUGUAUUGAGAACAAAAUGGUAUGGUAUUUACUGAGUGAGAAUAUAUAUGCAAUGGGACAAUAUUGUAUGUUUUUAGUAAGCAGAAUUAGCACUGGUAAUUACAGAAUGAGAGACUCAUUUCCAUGUGUAAGUAAUAGAUGCAUUUUGGAAAAAAAAAUCAAGUUCUUUGACUCUAUCUCUAAAUGUUGCAUACAUUUCCCUCACAUGAUUUUUCUAAAAUGUGAUCUUGAGAUCAUUGAAUGAAUACCAGAUCAUGGAGCUUAAUAUUAAAUUAAACUAGCUUUGUACAUUUACUUUGGUCUGUUAAUCUACUCAGAAUUAACGACUUACAGACAAGUUGACUCUUUGGUUCUCAUAGAUUUCAUCUCACUGUAGGUGUCUGAUUUUGGAAAGCUUUUUACAUUCAGUCUUCUUAUGCAGUAAAUGUUUAAAAAUCCCUUAUAAGAGCGCAGCGAGUGCUUUACUGCUGAAUAACCAAACGAGAACUUUUUGCACACGACAGUAAGCGUCUGUCAAAAGUGUUCCCUAUUACCUGAGCUGUGACAACAUUUUUCUGACAAAAAUCACACGUGAAAUCCUCCACGACCAUCACACUUCCAUUUUAUCGGCGGAAAGCCAAUUUGUAACCUAUGCUUUGAAGACUGAUCUGAUAGCAGGCACCAGCAGAGAGGUGUAAAACCAGCACCAGUCAAGGGACAAUCGACUGACUGAUAAAAUCCUUAGUGAAAGUUACAGAAUAGGUUAAUUAGCAUAACACUUUUAAUAAUGUGAUAAUGCCUCUUCGUGUAGAAAUUACAUGCCAGAUAGUUCUAGAUAUGCCUUUUUUGAUGAUAAUAUAUUGCACAGCAGACUUUUGUAUUUUGAGUAUUUUAGCAUAUGUUGGUGGUGUUCGCAGAAAGUGUAAGAGUGUGGACUUUUUUCAGUCAUUGUGGUAACUUGAAUUUGAGUUGUGGUAGCUUAUGAUGUAAUGAAACAUGGUUUUGGUCUAUUCAUGCUGAGGGUCAAGGAUGUAUAUACACCACUUUUGUAAAUAUCCUUCUGGAAAUGAAAAGUUUGGCGAUUUAUGGCAUUUGGUGCCAGCAGUGGACAUUUCAAAUAAAAUACUUAAAAUCAUG